AAACACAUAUUCCAAAGCAAGGGGCCAGAUUCCCUUUGGCAGUCGGUCUCUUCUCGUGGGUUGCUCCGUCAUAUGCCUCCUCGUUACUGAAGCAUUCGGCACACACUCUCUAUCUCUCUCUCUAGAAUAUUUGUCGCAUUGCUCUUUGCAAAAGAUCAAGUUUUUAGUCUCCAAGCUUGCAAUGGCUUCGAUCAUCGAAUAUGGGUGGCUGUAUCUGAUCACACAUUUCAGUGACUUUCAACUGGCAUGUCUUGGAAGUUUCUUUCUCCAUGAAAGUGUUUUUUUCUUAUCUGGACUUCCUUUCAUAUAUCUUGAGAGGGCAGGUUGGCUGAGCAAAUACAAAAUUCAGACAAAGAAUAACAGUCCAGCAGCUCAGGAGAAAUGCGUUACUCGUCUGCUGCUUUAUCAUUUUGGUGUCAAUCUUCCAGUGAUGAUCAUCUCAUAUCCUGUCUUCAAAUACAUGGGCAUGCGAAGUAGUCUUCCAUUGCCGUCCUGGAAUGUAGUUUUAACACAGAUAAUAUUUUACUUCAUCCUUGAGGAUUUUGUGUUCUAUUGGGGACACCGGGUUCUGCAUACAAAAUGGAUGUACAAAUAUGUUCACAGUGUUCAUCAUGAAUAUGCUACACCUUUUGGACUGACUUCGGAAUAUGCUCACCCUGCUGAGAUACUGUUCCUUGGCUUUGCGACCAUUAUUGGUCCUGCUAUCACUGGACCCCAUUUGAUGACUCUGUGGUUAUGGAUGGUACUGAGAGUAUUGGAGACAGUUGAGGCACAUUGUGGGUACCAUUUUCCAUGGAGCCUCUCAAACUUCUUGCCUUUGUAUGGGGGGGCCGAUUUUCAUGACUAUCACCACCGUUUGCUUUAUACCAAGUCUGGCAACUACUCGUCAACUUUUACUUACAUGGACUGUCGUUUCUCUUUGAUGUGGACAAAGACUAUCAAUGUAUCAUGGAAAAGGUGUCUGCAUAAACAUAGAGAGAACUGGGUAGCGGGUACAAGUGUGAUGGGUAUUUGGAACUGAUAAAGGUUACAGAAAGUUAAAAGCUCUGAAGAAUGGUGGAAUUGAAGAUGGAAGCAAGCAAAAGUGACAAAUUUCUUUUUAAAUAACCGGGCAUCAAGAUGUUGCUUCCUCAUUUAAAGGCCAUCUUAGAGGUCUUGUUUUGUCCCUGCCUCAUCUCAUGUGAAACCACCUUUUUGUGUUAGAUUGCUUUUUGUUUACAGUGUGACAUUAUGUGGAAUCAGUGGAGAGCUUAUUCUGC